UAUUGAUUUUCAUCUCAUCAACAACAGAAUAUUCAAAUAAAAAACAAUGAAGCUAUGCUAUCUCAAAUAUGAUGAUCGUUGUUAUAUGAACAAUAAUAAAUUCAUUACAUGGAUCUAUGUUCAAUACAUAAUAUUAAUAGUAUGUUGUUCAGGAUUAUUAUGGCCACCAAUCGUGCAAACAGCACCGUCAAUUAAAAUUGAUAAAAACACUAUCGAAUUAUUAAAUAAUGGUCUGAAAGCAUUGGUCAGCAUCAAGCAAAUAUUAUCAACAUUACAAACAUUCAAUGAACUUCAUACGAUGCUCAAAGAGCAAAAACAACAACAACAACAGCAACAACUACAUAAUCCAAAUCAAAUUUCCAUUUCCGGUAUGCCAAUCUUAUUACAUUCUCCUACUUCGACAUCAUCUUCAUCUGCAGAAACUUUGGAUGUUAAUCCGGCAACCUUGUUAUCAAUACAGCCUUUAACACCACUUUCAAACCGACCACGUGCAAAUUUUGUUCAAAAAUUGUUUGGAAAAAUACCAUCACUGUUAUUGCUGCCAAAUGUUAAUAAUAAAAGUCUGAAUAACAAAGUUACUACAGUUCAACGAGAUCCAUCAUUGGGAUUAAUAAAAAUUGGUGAAAAGCCACCACCAGGUUUGUUUCCAGAAACAUUGCCAUAUUCAGUUUCUCAAUUUGAAUCAUCGAACGAACAAUCAGUUGCAUCACAAUCCCCAUCAUCCAUAAACGAACAAGAUGCAUUCAAACAGCUAACCUCAGCUGUUGUUAGUCAACAUCAAAAACAUCAUCAUAGUUUAGAUCUUGAUCACAAUCUCAAUCAACAAUUAUCAACAUCAGAACUUGAAGAUAAAAGAAUAGCCCAACCGAUAAAUCGAUUCAUGUACAAUAAACCAUCAUCAUUUUUGACAAACAAAAACCAAGACGAGGAAGAAACAUAUGGAUAUUUUGAUCAUGAUACAUUGAUACCAUAUCAUUAUUUUAGCACAUCAGCAUUUUCAGCUAUACCAACCAAAUCAUUAUCAUCAUCAAUAGCGAUAAAAAGAAGAUAAUUUAUUUGUUUUAUCAUAUCAUUUGAUCAUCAGCUGAA